CACCCUCACCCUCAACCCUCAAACGCGACAUGCGACGGUAGCACAUCGCCUUAGCCCGUGCCAUGCGCACUCUACAUCUGACUCUGCCCAAGCACAAGCCCAACUGAUCGCCCCCGCGACGCUUUUAUUAUCGAUAGCCGCCCGCCGCUAGAUAUUUUGCCGACUCCUGCCCCCCCCCAGCGCGCCCAACCAAGCCCGCCCAAUUCUCACCACCAAAACUCGCUGCUGCCCGCCAUGGCGAGCGAAGAAGCUCCCAGCUACCACCAGCCAACCUGCGAGGACUAUGACUCCGACGAGAGCGACGGCCGCGUCCUCGAGUCCUUUACCGGCCGCAAGUCGCCUGCCGCUGCCAAUGUCUCCACCAAGCGCUCGCAUCAUUCCGAUCUAGACAAGGAAAAGCCGCCUGCUCAGGAGAGGGUCCCCACCAACAUUGACCUCCGCAGCGACUCUGGUGCCUCAUCGCUAUCGCGACGCAGCCCCCCAGUCGCGCCUGCCGCCACCGCACCCCUCCCUUCCCAGAGCCCAGCACAGAGGCCCAGGCGGCCUACCCUCUCGGACCAGAGACAGCAGAGCAGCACCAGCACCAGCACCAGCUCGCGCCCCAAGCCCUUGUCGCGCACCGCCUCUCAGUCCUCGAGGCGUCCGCCUGGUGCUCAGCGCCGGCCCACCCUCACCCAGGAACGCAGAGACAGCAUGGAAGAGGAAUGCCAGGACCCGACUUGCACAAAGUGCGGUCCCAACGCACUUCCCCAGCGUCGUCGACCGGAUCUCCCCCCCUCUCACUCUGCUCGCGACGUGUCCAUGUUGCGCGGAGACCAGCGCUCCAUCAACUCAGAACCCGUCGCCUACUACGCCUCGCCCCCGUCACCCACCUACGCCCGACAGUCUACCUACAUGCAAGGAGCAGCUGUCGUUCAGCCUGCCCCACCACGUCGUCGCUCGUCUUCGACUGCUCGCCAACAGCGUCCCAUGAGCUACAGCGGUGGUGACCCUGGCACGCAGUACUGGGUCCCAGGUAUGCCUGCGCCCUACCCGAGUCCACCUCAAGAACGUGGCCCUCCCCCAUCGGCCUCGGCCUAUCGCAAUAUGCAGCCGCAAUACCCCCAAGCGCCUCAGGUGCCUCCCGUGCCUUCCUACAUGGUGCCACACAACCAGCCAAACGGCUACUAUCCUCCACAAUUCCCCUCCAACCAAACCUCUCCUCCUUACGACCUGCAGUCGAGACCAGAUCUGUCCACGCGUAACUCGUCGUACUACGGAACACGCAAUCAGCCGGCUCCCCUUGUUACCCAGGAACGACGCGACCCGCCCAAGUAUUCAGCGAGGUAUGGUAGCCAGCCUCAGAGUGCUACUACCCAGACCAAAUUCCCGACCUUGCAACUCCAAGACGAAGCUUACGAGGGCUCCGAGACCGAAUCCUCGUCGGGAGAAGAAGAGGACCAACGUCCAAGCCUACGUCGUCCGAAUACCACUCAAGUUGUAGAUCGCCUUGAGCGUCGUUCGUCCAUUGUCGUACCUGAGCGCCCCAAAGACCGCGAUCGAGCUUCGCGAACCAGCAACGCGUCCGCCCGUAGAGCCUCGGUCAGCCGGCCUCCCGGCCCAGACCGCCAGACCCAGUCAUACGACACCCGCACUGCCCGUGUGGUCGUCAACAAUACCAAGACCAACCGUCGUCAAUCGACGCAGAUCUACGACAAGAUGUAUGAGCAGUACUCCCAGGCCAAGCCUACCGGGGAGCGACACGCCAAAGCCAAAGCUCUGGAAGAGGAGAGCAAAGCCCUCGAGCUGGCCAACGCGAGAGCGCUCGAGGAACAAUACAAGGCCGAGCAGAAACGCCAAAGACGCAACUCGCGGGUUUACUAUCCACCCCCGGAGUUCGACGACGACGAAGAGGAAGAAGAGGAGGUGGAGGAGAGGCCUGCUCCCCUUCGGAAUGGUCGUCGCCGGCCGACUGACGCCGAUAGCCGCAAAGGCAAGGAACGCAUCGUGGAGACGAAAAAUAAGAGGACUGAACUGGCCGCUGAAGACUACAUCAGCGCCCAGCGAGGCAGCCAGACUCCCUACAAUGACCAGAUCCACAAGGCCGCAAAGAGGGCUUCCCGGAUACCGUCUGGGCCUUCGAAUUCCGAGUCUUCCCGCAGCAAUGGAAGUGAUUUGCAAAGCCAGUCAGCCCGUACCGUCGCCACCAACAAUGGCGGCAAUGAGAUUCGACUACGGGUGGAUGCUUCUGCUCCACUCAGCUUGUCUUUCAAUGGCGAUAUGGAAGGGCGCACUCUGCAAUUCACUCCUGCUGAAAACGGCAUGGCCGAUAUUGUCAUUGGCAAUGCCCGCGGCGGCGAGAGCACCUAUCACACCAGUGAAAGAGGCAGCGUUAUGGGUAGCAGCAGCAGGAAGGCUUUGGUCACAAGCCAAGCACGGAGAGACGCAGAAGAGAUGACAGAAAGAAGCUCGCGCAGCGGACGCGGCAAGCGAGAGGGCAGAGGAGACCGAGAGAUCCGAGAUGACCGCGAUGCUCAGCGACACGUUUUACGGUCACGACGCACCGAAUAUCGUAAUUAAGGAUUUCACGACCUCCACCCCUCUUGCACAGCUAGCCAUGCAGCCAUAGCAGAUUGACAUCGUCUCACCUGUUGUAUUCCGGCGGAUUUGCUUUCGACUAUUGAUCUACCGCACAUAUCCUUGUUCCUU